AUGUCCCUCACCCCCGACCAAGUCGGCCUGAUCAAGGCCACCGUGCCUAUCCUCCGGGAACACGGCGUUACGAUCACCGCUACUUUCUAUAAGAAUAUGUUGGCCGCCCACCCAGAGCUGCACGCGGUCUUUAACACCGCCAACCAAGUCAAUGGUCACCAACCCAAGGCUUUAGCCGGCGCCCUCUUCGCCUAUGCGUCUCACAUCGAUGAUCUGGGUGCUCUGGGCCCGGCCGUCGAGCUGAUCUGCCACAAGCACGCGUCGCUCUACAUCCAGCCCGAGCAGUACGACAUCGUGGGUAAAUACUUGCUGGAGGCCAUGGGUCAAGUGCUGGGCAGCGCCCUCACUCCGGAGAUUCUGGACGCCUGGGCCACGGCCUACUGGCAGCUGGCCAAGAUCAUGAUUGGCCGCGAGGCUGAGCUGUACCGCGAGAGCGAAGGCUGGACUCAAUUCCGUGACUUCCGCGUCGCUGCCAAGGUUCCCGAGUCCGCCGAGAUCACCUCCUUCCACCUGGCUCCCGUCGACGGCCAGCCCCUGCCCAAGUUCCAACCGGGCCAGUACAUCUCCAUCCAGCUGUUUGUGCCGGAUCUCAAAUACCCCCAGGCGCGCCAGUAUUCGCUGAGUGAUGCUCCCCACGCCGACCACUAUCGCAUCAGCGUCCGCAAGCAUCCCGGUCUUGACCCCAGCAACCCCGGCGCCAGGGCCAACCCGGGAUACGUGUCCAACUUGCUGCACGCCAACGUGCAAGAGGGCGACGUGCUGAAGGUGUCGCAUCCCUACGGCGACUUCUUCUUCCGCGACGAACUCGCCGGCAAGAAUCCCAUCGUUUUGCUGGGUGCCGGCGUGGGCCUCACCCCCCUCAUGUCCAUUCUCAACACCCUCGCCGGCAAAACGGCACCCGACCGCCCGGUCACGUUCAUCCACGGGGCCCGCACGGCGCGGGCGCGGGCCUUCCACGGGUACGUCCAGGGGCUGAAGGAGAAGAUUCCCUCGCUCAAGACGACCUUCUUCAACAGCGAGCCCGCCGCCGACGAGACCGCCGGCGUUGACUACGAUAGGGCGGGCCGCAUCUCCAUGCCGCUGCUGGACCGUAGCGCGGACUUGCACCUGGACGACUCUACCACCGGGUAUUACGUGUGUGGGCCUGAGAGCUUUAUGGUCGAUAUGCGGGCGUGGUUGCGCGAACAGGGUGUCGGUGACGACCGACUCAAUCUUGAGUUGUUCGGCACUGGCGGUGUGCCGGCUUGA